ACGUCUGCUACUACUCCAUUGGCAUUGCUACGGACUACUCCUCCUCCUCCCCCCCUAGUUUUCCUGUUUCCAAGCGCUUCGCCAGUUCGCCUCCCUCCUCCAAUCUCUCCACGCCCGCUCGCCAUCGCCGCCGUUCGCCGUGCCUCCGCUCGCCCACGCCACGCCUCCGCGCCGCAGCUCGCCCGCGCGGAUCCCCGUCUCGGACCUACGAACCAACUAUCACAGCCCCAGGUUUCUUCCAGUUCCAACCGAUUCCACCCGAACCGCCGCACGAGCCUCCGCACAGCUCGCAUCCUUCCCUGCGUUCCCGUAUCAAUUUCAAUUCAAAUUUCGGAGUGUUCUUUUGCCCUAAUUGGGUCGCAAUGGGCGGCGAUAAGAACGGCGUUUCCGGUGCCGCUUGCUUGAAGCCGCAGCUCAACCGCGUCUCCCCUGCCUACUUGCCGGUCGCCGGCGCCGUGUACUUCCUCGUCGGCUCCGCGCUCGGCGUCAUGGCGGUGCUCCACGCAUCCGGGCUGGCGGAGUUCGGCGGAGGCGAGUGGGCCUCCGCCGCGCGGUGGGCUGAGGUCGGCGGCGGCGACUGGGCCUCCGCGGCGCGGUGGGCUGCUCAACUGGCCGGAUCGAUCGGCGCCCACCACCGCCUGCUCGGCGCGAUCUCGCUCCUUCUCCUGGCCGUCAGUGUCUGGCGCCUCGCCAAGCGCUGCGCCGCCGUGGAGGUGCGCGUCGGCAGCACGGACUCCGCGGUGCGUGCGUUGCACCUGGGGGGAGUCGUGUGCGCCGUGUGCGGGUCCAAGAUUCGGGCCCUCAAGAGAGGCCGCCGUGGCGUGGAGCGCACCCGCUCGGACGACUCGAGCGCUUGUCCUGACAAGUCGGUCUCGAGGUCGCAAGCUCCUGAAUUCGAGCAAGAGGACGACAAGGAGGAAGAGGACAAUGCUGCUUGCAGGGAGGGAGAGGACAAUGCUGGAGAGACCAGCGAUUCAGAAGAAGGCAAUGUGCAGUAUCUGAGGAGGAGGCUCAAGGAUGAGAGGCUGCUGAAGCAGGUUGCCCUCGAGGAGCUGGAGAAGGAGAGGCAUGCUGCAGCGUCUGCAGCUGACGAGGCCAUGGCCAAGAUUGCGUGCCUGCGUAGCGAGAAGGCACUGGUGGAGAGGGAGGCGCGGCAAUUCCAGGAAAUGAUGAAGCAGAAGCAGAUGUAUGACCGGCAGGUGAUUGAAUCACUUCAGUGGGUGAUCAUGAAGUCUGGAGUGCAAGGCUGGGAGCCUGAGGCCAUAUCUGAACGAGCCGUGUCGGAAACAAGCGAGGAUGACAGAGAUAAGAAGUAGCUAGCUCUUGGUUGUUGGUAGUUGAAUGGAACAGUGAGGAAGGCCCUGUUCUGGAGAAGUCAUUGCUUGCUUGAGUUCAUCGUCCUCUGAUCAGCUUUUAGCAGCCAAACAGGGAAUACCCAAGUUUUCAAAACUCGGAUGUUCCUCUAUUAUGCAAAGCUCUUCAGGAGAAAUAUCUAAAAUCGACCUGUAAAUAUACCAUAUUUUGUAAGCUACCUAGGUACUUAUCUAAUAUGAACAACACCUGUACUUGAUCGCUCUACCUUGCAAAUGCUUAUUGGUAUUUAUCAA